AUGGCCGUCAUCCCUGUGAAAGCCCUGCGCCCUCGUGGUGAUGACAACUCAGGCCGGACCUUCUCCAUCAUCUUUGCCGUCAUUGCCUUCCUCGUGGUCCUUGGCUGUGUGGUCUGGGGCAUUGUCCUCCCGAAAUUUCGAAAGAGACGCGGCACUCAUCGGCUAGGUCGAUACACAGUGACCCCGAAUUACCCAGCAUUCAGUCCUCCGCCUCGAUUCCCCAGUCACCCUGCCCUGUUGCGUGGCUUUCGAAAGCAGCCUCAAAUUCCGGUGCAACGAUACGACCCGAGAAUCGAGAGCCCUUUCCCAAACAGUCCGGCUCAGCUGCAUUCAACUCACCGUCCUCCCCAAGCUGGCUCGGGCAACGCUGUCAGCCACAUCUACGGGCUUUUCACACCCCCUCAAUGCUGGCUUUCCAUGAGAAAUCACACUCAAACAAUGUCACGCGGCAACUUGCAAGCAGCAAGACAAGGUGCAGGGAUUGACCCGCGAAACUUCACCAGCUUCAGAGGCAAGCAUGAUUACAUACUGCCGGUUCCGGAGCCUGUUGUCUUGAAACCAAGGCCUGCAGGGAGACCACCGCCAUUGAAGAAACAGCUGGAGCGAUUUCCUUUCCCUUUCGAUUCUGGCCGUAACGACGGACUCGUUCAUCCCGUCAAGCUUUUCCAAGAGCUGCAACUGCGAAAAUCAGAAAUAAACAGAGCCUCCUUCGGGACACCUUCCCCAAUCCCACAACAUACUGGUCGGCCGGCUGCUGUGGAAAUGUCAGUGAUGGGACCGUCCGCCCGCUGCCGAACCGCUCCUGGAAGCCUUCAGUGCGAGAUGCACAAAUCUGUGGAAUGUAAGAAACACAAUGCACAAGAGGUUGGCCCGUCGUCAGCUGCGAAGUUCCCGCCCAAGGACUGCGAUGCGGCAGGAAUACCAAAGACGAGACAGGUCCGGAAGCAGGAGAAAUUGGAAAGAAUGGGGACGUUGAAGACCAAAGACUCCGGUGGCUGA